AUGCAACAGGCUGAAUUGCCUUAUGUUGGACCAAACCCUCCACAAAUUGAUAGCCCAGAAGAAGCUCCGGGUUUACAGAUCAUCGUUUUGGGUCCAACUGGAGGUCCCCGUGAGGAUAGAGUCACUGGACUUCUGGUCCGAUCCACAUCGACUAAAUGGUCAUCAAACUCGGUGGUCGCUGUUGAUGCAGGUACCCUUCUUUGUGGGAUUAUUGACUCUCUCAAGCCGUGUGAUAAUCACCAGGAGGUAUCAGACCAGGGCCCCUUUGCUGGUCUUGAACUUCCACACAACAAUGCUCCGGCAAAUGCAGCGCACGUUUUCCGGCACAUCAUUGGGGCUGUUUGCAUCACACAUCCUCAUUUAGACCAUAUGUCGGCAUUUGCCAUAAAUACGCCGGUUCUGGAGGCAGGAUGUGGAGCGAAAACGCUGGCUGCCCUACCCUCUGUAGUCGCUGCAAUCAAAACCCACGUGUUCAACGAUGUGAUCUGGCCAAACUUGUCCGAUGAAGAUGGCGGAGCUGGCCUUGUCACCUACCAGCGCUUAAUGGAGGGUGGCAACCCUAUGAUGGGCCGUGGCGACGAGAGAGGCUAUACACGAGUCUGCGAGGGCUUGUUGGCAAAAUGCCUUGCCAUCAGUCACGGGCGCUGCAGGCAGCGCUCCAACCCCGAGAGUGAGGUCCAACACCGGCUGAGCAGCGCCGCUUUUGGUUUUGAUCCCCUAAGGCUGAACCCAAGGGGCUACUCGGUCUCGUUUGACGAACCAGAGUCUGGUUACUUUUCUCCGUCACGUUCGCCGGGCUUUCGUGUAUCCGGGAAGGAUGGCUGGGCAGCCGUCGAGUCCUCGGCGUUUUUCAUCCGUGAACCCACUACGAAGCGAGAAGUGAUCAUCUUCGGCGACGUGGAGCCCGACACAAUCUCACUCAAUCCACGCAAUCGACGCGUGUGGGAAGCAGCAGCACCGAAGAUCGUUGCCUCUCAACUGCGAGCGAUCUUCAUCGAAUGCUCCUAUAAUGACGAUGUUGACGACGCGUCCUUGUACGGUCAUCUUUGCCCACGCCACCUAAUUGAUGAAUUGAUUGUAUUGGCGCAGAAAGUCACGGAAUUAAAACACCCGGAGUCAUUCUUGAUGAAAAAGCGUAAGCGUGCGAGCGCCCCCGAGGCACCCGGAGACCCGGCCCUGAGCCCCAAAUCGAAGAAGGCGGCCCUCGCUGGAGAGAAAAGUGGAAGCUCUCGUCGAGGGUCUGCUAGAACGACGCGUCGCCAUACGCGUGCAAGAGUUGCUCUGGAAGAUCCCAAUGAUCUUAUGGGAGGAAGCCCCUAUGUUUCUCAUGCACCUAGUGAGGUUGGGAUAGAUCUGUCACUGGCCGAAAGUUCGGACCCUCUGACGGCACUUCAGUGGCCUGAACCGCCUCUGGCUGGUCUCUUGGUCUAUAUCAUACACAUAAAAGACGACUUGAAUGAUGGCCCACCUCCACAGGAGCGCAUCUUGCAGGAACUCAAGGCCCAGGGGGAAGCUGCUGGGUUAGGAUGCGAGUUCCGUGUUCCCGCACGUGGUGAGAGCGUUUUGAUCUGA